UUGUCAUCAGUUUAUAUCUGAACUAACACAGACCACGAUGAACUCGCUGGUGGUGUUAUUUUCCGUGAUGGUGCUGGCCACCGCCAAGCCCAGUGUCCCAGCAAUCAUCAGCUACGCUGCACCCGCCGUAGCAAUCGCUCCGGCAGCGGUUUCACAACAGUCCAGGAUUGACAUUAAGUCAACACCAGCUGUUGUGAAGACUAGCGUGAUCUCACCAGCUAUCGCUCCUGCUGUAGUAGCUGCGCCCAUUGCAUACUCAGCUCCAUUAGCUGUCGCUCCCGCUGCUGUGUCAUCCCAAUCCCAGAUCGACAUCAAGUCAUCUCCAGCUUUAGUCAGCACCAUCGCUGGUGCUCCUCUAGCCUACAGCGCACCCCUGAUCUACGGCGUCUCUAAUCUGGCGUACAGUGCUUAUGGAGCUCCUAUCGCCGCAGCGUACACUCCAUCCAUCUACGCUCCCGCCAUUGCCUCCGCCAUUGCCCCUACCAUUUUGAAGACUGCAGCUAUUAUACCCGAAACUGAAGCUGCACCCUCAGCCUCUCUUGAUGCUGUACCUACGGAAACUCCUGAAGUUGCCGCUGCACGUGCCGCCCAUCUUCAAGCUAAAGCCCUUGAAGAGUCUCACCAGAUUCAGAAACGCUCUGCGCCUGCUGUACCACUAUCUGAUGACGCACCCACGGAAAUUCCUGAAGUUGCCACUCCACGCACCGCCCUCCUUCAAGAUCAACCCCUUGAGGAGUCUCACCAGAUCCAGACACGCGCAGUUGGUAUCGUCGCCACUUCCCCCUUACUGACUUCGUACACAUCUCCCAUUGUCAGAAGCUACGCUUCAUCUCCACUCAUCUAUUCAUCGCCCAUUAGCAGAAUCGCUCCUGUUGGUUUACCAACGCCUUACCUGACAGGUGCGUAUGGAAUCCCAUGGUAGUAAGUACCAUCACGGAAAUAAAAAAUCUCAGUUCAGUUGUAACGAACGACAUAAUAAUUAAGUUUAAAUACGAAAUAAAUAAUUAAAAAA